AUGCCAAAUUACGUAAAGUUUAUGAAGGAAGUGAUGUUAAAGAAGCGAAAAUUGGAGGAAUAUGAAACAGUAAAAUUGACAGAAGAAUGCAGCGCUAUUCUUCAAAAGAAACUUCCUCAGAAGAGAAAAGAUCCGGGCAGCUUCACUAUUCCAUGCACCAUUGGAAGCUCCUCCUUUGAAAAGGCCCUCUGUGAUCUAGGAGCAAGCAUCAACCUAAUGCCGUUAUCAUUAUUCAAGAAAUUAGGCCUCGGGGAGGUCAAGCCAAUAACAGUGACUCUACAACUAGCUGAUAGGUCCCUCACCUACCCAAGAGGGAUUAUUGAAGACGUGUUGGUAAAGGUCGACAAAUUCAUCUUCCCAGCCGAUUUUGUGGUAUUAGAUAUGGAAGAAGAUCAGGAAAUCCCACUGAUUUUAGGCAGGCCAUUCUUAGCAACUGGAAGGGCAUUAAUUGAUGUACAAGAGGGACAAUUGACAUUGAGAGUAAAUGAAGAAGAGGUGAGGUUCAACAUUUACCAAGCAAUGAAGUACUCAGAUGACAAUAACACUUGCCACAUGAUUGACUUCAUUGAUUCUACUGUGAGAGAUGAGAAAUUAUGUAUUAAAGAUCCUCUAGAGUAA